AGGAUCAGCACAAUGUUGGAGAUAUCAGAGCUUUACAAGGUGACUGGGUCCAAGAAGGUCCAGGAGAUGGAGAAAGAGCUAUCCAUUGAUCUUGAGGAUCUCAAGAAGGACAUCGAGGACAAUAUUGUGGACCACAUACCAGUCAAAAUGAUAAGCUCUAUACCAAUGCCAAAGGAUGUGUCCUAUUUUCGCAGAGAAAGGAAACUGGUUAUUGAUCGCCUGUUGCAGGUUAGUGAAGCCCAGCCAUUGAAAAUGCAAGCAGAGAUCAUCAAAGAAGAAAUGAUGUCAGCAGAAGAAAAUGAAUACUCAGCAAAAAGUCUGCCACUUCUUUUACACCAGUACUACAUAGAGAAGAUUUACCAGCUGGUCCAGUGUAAACAUUUACACAUGCUGAGAUGGAAGCGAUUCUGUGAGCAUACAAGCACUAUAGAAUCUCUGUAUCCCCACUACACAAAAAGACUCAAUCAUAUAAUGGCCGAGUACCACGACAGUGUCCAGCGAGCCCACAGACUGAGUCUGGCUCGUGAAGACCUUCUGUGUGGCACAGAACAGGUUGUUAAUGAAGUCAAAAUUGAAGACAUUCUUAUUUAUCUCCGAUGGAUGGUCUGUCAUUUCCACUCCAUGAAAAGAGUCAACCAAUAUCUCAGGGUGUUAAAAUGGCUACCUCUAACACACAGAGCUGAGACCUCUCCCCCAGAGAAAGAAAAGGAAGACCUGGAGGAAGGGACCACAGCAUCAAAGAUAGCCUCCAGAUAUGGGGAUGAUUCUCUAAGUGGACUGUUUCAGCGACCCAAGUCUGGAGUGUCUCGACCAAGUUCUGCUGUGUCUGUGCAGGCCACCGGACCUAUUCCCACAGCUCCUCCCAUAAACCCUAGUCUACUGACCACUAACCCACUGCCUUCCUCUGUGUUUACUAUGGCUGCUGCUGCUACCAGUGGUGGUAUAGCAACAGAUGAGUCGACUCAGGGACUGCCAUUAAAUGCUGUAGACUUUGAAACUCUUAAACCUCACCUGAGCUUUUUGUUGAAUAUCUAUGGCAUCAACUAUGAUUUAAAUUCCAUCCAUAAUUCUGCUGAUGAAAUGGAAAUGUAUGCAGCUGUGAACAGAAAGUUUCAAUCCCUCUUCAACCGACAGGAAGUCAUGAAAACAUUUAAGACAUAUGACAGACUUGAGCCUGGACAGCAAGGAUGGGGGUCUGAUUCACCCUCCCACUGCCUGAAACAGGAGAGUAACUGGAUCUCCUUUGUAACCCUGAAAAGCGAGAGUGACCCCCAACAAGAGAUAGAGUGGACCAAUCUCAGACAUCGUAACAAUGUGGAUGAAAUCUUGCGAUACAUGGAGGCUUUCACUUCUGUCAGUGACCCUCAGAAGGUUCAGGAGACCCUGAGAGACCAUGCUACUAUGGUUCAGAAUCCCCCGGAACCGCAGGAAGCCUCUGUCACUACACACCGCUCACACAAGACGUACGACACGAGACAGACAUGGAGAAAAAUCUACUCCAAUCCUGACCUUUAUGCAGAUAAUGACCUAGAUGACAAUCUCCAAGACGAUGAAGAAAUGGGCGGGACAGGAAGUAAGUCGGCGCGGGCUGUUAGUGCUCGUCGGAGGAAGGACAGUUAUGACUACAAAAGCACGGUGCAGAUGUUGGGUUUAGAUGAGGGAGAGCAGGAGAAUCAAGACCCCGCCUCCCUCCAGGGGGCGUUCCUUGCCUUCCUUCACCUCAGACACCUCAGAACCAGGGAUCUACAGAGGACGGCCCUGAGUGUUUUUAAUUACUUCCGUUCUAUUGAGAGGACUCUGACUAUCAAUGAUGCUGGUCUGUCUCAAGAAGUGGGAGGUUAUAAGAAAACAAGUCAACAGAACCACAGGAGAGCCACAGAGCAUGAUGGGACAGUGGGAGGGGGUGGGGGCAUUGGUUACCAUGGAUACAUGCACAACACACCAGCAGAUUUCAAGUUGAGUGAGUCUGAGUUCAUGGAAUUCUCUGAUAUUGAGAACCAUGAUGACUUUUAUACCAUGGAGGAGGGCAGAGUCCACGUACAGGACCAGAGGGGGUACUAUGUCGUGUAUGAUGCUGCAGAAAAUGACCUAAAGAACAUGGAGAAAGAGAUUUUGUUGAUAGCCACUCACUAUAUAGAGAAGGAUCGAGACCUGAGGAAAAAAUCCAAGGUCCCUAAAUCAGCACGAGAGUCUGCAAGAAAGAAGCUACACUCAGCUCCGGGAGAUUUUGACAUUGGGGAGUACUCCCACCAGGAGAUUGACAGAUUCGGGGUUCUCAUGGAUCUCUGGAACAAUCUCACCUCUUUUAUGGAAUGCAAAAGGGAGCUGUUAGACUGCUAUGUUGAAGCCUACCAGCAUGUGUUUGACAAAGAUGAGAAGCGAGCCAUGGCUCAAGUGAUGAUGAACCUGAUUUACAAGAAGCCGCGAUUUGACUUUAAGGCGGACUAUUUCAUAAAGACAAUCCGGGCAGAGUGUGUUAUCCUUAGACACAUGACAACACUCAUCAAGAACAUCAUGGAUAAACAGAUUGAGGAGCAGAGAGAGUAUCUUCAGAAGGUGUGUAGGGAGGGGGAAGAGUUCGGUCUACCUCUAUCAGUGGUGCCCAAACAACCAAUCUCCAUCAACCUCAGCAGGCCAGCUUUGAGGAAUAUCUACAUGCUGGAGUUCCAUCCUUCUUUGUCUAUCGCCAGCAGGGUCCCUGUGGCUCUGAAGUAUGCUCUUCAGGAGUUAAUCCACAUCCACCAGCCUAAGUCUGUGUACAGUAUGGUGAUGAUAGAGAAGAGACUCUUAGAGGUAGCUUGUAAAGAAUGGGAUCGAUCAGACAAACUGGACACAUACUUCACUCAGCAAGUCCAAAAAGAUUUAUUUGCUGAGGUUUAUGUGGAGGAUCCUAUCUUUAUGUGUAUGAUGGCUAGAACUAUGGUGGACAAAAAGGAAGAAGAGGGAACCAGGAAGAAUCUCAGGGACAGACAACUCAGUAUGAUGGGUGCUAUCAAUAGACUACUGGAGACGUUGACCUGCAGACAUCGUUUAAUGGAUGCCGCUCUGGAGACAGGCAUUUUAGCUGGGAUUUACAAGAAGCAGGCUGUAGAGAUGGGAUUCAGUGAUUACCACAUGUACAUCAGAGCUAUUCAGUUUGAAUCAGCCUCCAUGAAGGACGAUGCUGGGAAACCCCCUCCUAUCAGUAUGUCUGAUGUACAGGAGGACGACUCGGCUGUGUACAAAAUGAAUGUCCCCCUCCAGCAACCACUAGCUAUCAAUGAGCUGGAUGAGGCCCAGAUUGGCAGAUUCAGUUUUAGGACCAGGGAGGCCAUGGAAGAUAUCUUACAAGGAAGUGGCCUUGAGAACCUGAAGGUCAUUCUACAAGUACAGAUAGUUCAGAAAAAUGCCAUCACGAGUGCUGUCCUUCAGGCCAGUGCUUGUGUACCAAUAGAAGAACCAGACCUUCACAAAAGUAGUGGGAGAGCCAGCCCUUCGGAGACCAAGUCAGAGAAAAGUUCUGUCACCCAGAUGACAAGUUUUUCUGGGGGAACUGGGGCCUCUACCCUAGGGGCAAAGUUGUCACAUGACCAGAGCUUGAGAUUUGCCAGGUCCCCAGAUGCCUUUGUUUCAAUACAGCUUGAAAAAACUCCAAGCAGAGAUCUGAUGUUGAAUGAUUUUGUGAAGAAGAGAAAUGAAAUGAGACAUGUGUUGAUGAACCCAGAGGAGUCAAAGAAAGCCAAAAGACAUUUAAUCAAAGAGUUCUGUUAUCGCUUCAACCAGAGAAUGACCCAGUACAGUUUGAGAGGUCAGCUGAUUGCUUACUACAACAGUAUACUCAGACUGUUAAAGGACUUCCCUAACAUCAGAAAAACCUACUUCAUGGUUGGAGAUCCAUAUGAGAAGAAACAAGGCACCAAUAAAAUUGAGGGACUCACACCAGAUCCAAAACAGGACAAGAAGCGUCCGCGGCAGCUGUUGACCAAUGAUGGCCAGCAUGUCCUGAACCUGUGGUUUAUUCCUCACCAUACAGAGGCCCUAGUCAUGUUUAAGAAUCUGUCUGAUGAUAAGAUUGUCCGAGCACUGUCCUUCUCUCUCUCCAUUGUGGCCUCAAUACACGACAUGUUACAGUACCUGUGUGCUCACUCUCGACUCGGUAGCUCACAUGCUCGACUCGGAUCUCAGAGGAUGGAGUUUGUCUCGGCAGACUGGGGAGGCACAGAGGGAAUAGGUGCUGAGUUACGUGAGAUACAGAAGCAGAUAGAAAACCUGCCCCACCCCACAGACCCCCGGACCAUCGCGGACUUCCUGGCCAUGAGACGGGAUGUCAUGUUUCUGGAGUUUGACACCGCUGUCAGACAUUGUAUGAUGGAUACGUUUCUAUCAACAGGGAAUGUACAGUCAUUCAAUUCCUUGAAAAACAACAUAUACCAUGCCCUGCCAAACCUGAGUAAUGUCCAGAGACCGACCCUACAAGCCAUGUGUCUGACUGUACCAGAACCACUGGAGCCCAGAGACUUCCAGGCUCGAGAACUGUUUCCAUGGAGAUCUUUCCUGGGAAGGAAUGGUCCCUACCCCCUGAUGUAUUACCAGUGGCACAUGAUUGAACACUACAUACAGUUGUGUCUCUCAGGACUGAAGGAUGUCGACAGACAUGUAGCUAAUGGUGAGAUACUUGGGGUGAGCUUGUUGAUGGAGGAUGUCCUACAAACUGGCUAUCAGGAUAUCUCACAUCUCAGUGAUGCUGACGAUCUCGAGACAGCAAGAUCUGAGAAAAAGGAGGGCUCAGUAACAACCUCCAGAGGGGCGAGCAGACUGGACAUACAGACACCCACUGGCAGCAUAUCCUCCAAAGCAGAGACCCCUAAGAGCUUGUCUCGGACCAAGGAGCCAGUGGAGGCAUACAAACUUCUCAAGUUCUUCCUUAUUCUCUGGAAGUGUCUAGAACAUGCUAAAUAUGCCUGGGGCAAGAGAAAGCUCUUUGUGGAGGAAAUCAAUAAACCCUCCCUGUUUAAAGAAUAUUGCAAAGUAUACAAAACUGAGGUGCUAUUACCAGUCCUACAAAGUGUUGCUAGGAGACUGGGUCAAGGUGAAUUGUAUGAGGGCAUUGCCAUGGAAACUGACCCACUUGUUAUGCCUAAAGGUGCUUCUGAGAUUGAAAUCAGAUCAAAACAGCUUGUGAAGUUGUUGGAGACAUUUGAGUGCCACAUGAUCACAGAAAUUCGUAAGAAGAUUGACAAAGAAGCAACUCUAGCAACAGCUGAGAGGGUGCGCGUGGAGAGCAACCUAGCAACAGAUCUGUGGAAGAGACCUGUUAUGAAGGAGAGUUUUACUCUUGCCAAACCACUGAUUGCUGAAGAUUUUGUCACAAAACUCAAGAAGAAAAUGAACGAGACAGAGUCUGGAGAUUUCACCAUCGGCCAUGACGACCUGAAUGAGUGUGUCAGUGAGCUGGCCAGAAAUAUCAUGACCAGAGAAAGGCAUAACUUUGAUAGCUACACGAUGUAUUAUGAAAAUUUGCUCCGAGUCCAUCAUACACUACUCUACUCAAAAGAGCAGGAGGUAAAACAUCUCCAAGAUGCCCUGAAGGCCAUUCAACAUGACACAAUGGUGGAUGUCCAGUGUCUGCUUGGAACACAUGUCCAUGACCUUCUACAAGAGGUGACUGCACUGAGAGCUAAGAUCCAUGAGAUGAGGGAGAGCUCUAUGAGCAUGGAGCAAGACUGUAGGGAGCGAGUAAAGGAGGAAUACAGGGACCUCAUCAAGAACCUCCUCGAGGCCUCAUCAGUGGUCAAAAACAAACUGGAUGAAUUCAGGAAUGAGUUAUUUGAUGAUGUUUGUGAGAAGAUAGAGGAGACGAGAAGAGAAGCUCUGAGAGAAAUGGAUGAAGCCAAGGAGAGGAAAGAUGAUGAUGACUUACUACAGAGGUAUUUAGCUAAAUCUGAGAAACUGAGAGAACAUGAGAGUACAAACUACAACCUGAGUCUGGUGGUCAACAAAAUGAAAGUGGUUCAGAAAUGGAGGCAACAGAGUCUACUGACAAAAGUCCAACAAUCUGUGGCUAAUCUGAGGAAGCAGGCUGAGAUGAGCCAGAAAGAGAAAACUCAGGCAGACAUGUUGUACGAGCAGGAGAGAAUCUCACUCUAUCAGCAGCUAGACCAGAUCAAGGAUGCUCUGAAGGUCGCUGAGAAAGAGUGUCAUGAUAUCCGACAGAAACUAGAGAAAGAGCUAAAAGAGAAACAGGAGAAGACACAUGAAGCCCAACAGAGAGCUCGCAGUCAGAAACAACUAGAGAUGGCCAAACAGGCUAACAUAGAGAAACUGGAAGUAGAGCUGAAGGACAGAGACACAAGACUUCGAAUUCUGUCAGAUGAGCAGGAUAAGGUGAUCCGUAUGCAACAUAUGCAACAGGACAAAAUCCGCAAGGACAUAGAAACUGUCAGAAAACAACUCAGUCAUGAAAGGUCACUGAAACUGGAUGCAUUCACCAGAGUGGAUGAUCUACAAACUCAGGUGUACGAUUUGGAGAGCUGUUACAUUAGCCGAGCCCAGUCCUCCAUGGCAAUGUCUCCCGCACCAUCUAAGGCUCGAUCCCGCAUUCAGUCAGCUCAGAGAACGAGAAGUCACAACACCCCUACAUCUAAUUGGCCCCCUCCAGUCAUGUGGCCGGCAAACCGCAGUCUGACCCCAGGGGCUCCUGGGGGACCACCAGUCAGUGAAGAGUUAAAUUAUCUGGAUGAGAGGAAAAUACAGCGACCUAAAACUGUCAGUGGGAAACUUAGACACUCAAUUACAGAACAGGUUGGUGGUCGACUGCGGAGUAGAAUUGCUGAACAGUUGCUGAAUGAACUAGAACUGGACUCCCAUAGAACUGUUAUACAGUUAGAGGAGCUCCAGUUAGAGAACAGGCCAGGUUCUGGGCGAAGAGAGACGGCAUACUGAAAAUGAGGCUAUUUACUGAAAGAGAGGCUUCUGUUCAAUGUUAUGUAGAAUUAGGACUUAAUGUUAAGUUGUUAAAAAAAAAAUAUGUAUUCUUACAAUGAUUAGGUUCAUUUUUUGUCACAUGAUGUUUGAACUAGGCUAAUGUGUUGUGAUUUAACAUUAGAAAAGUGUAGCAGUUUUCUUUAAGUUUCAUGUUGUUACAUGUAAUUUUUGAAAUUUUUAUGUUUCAUACUGUAUAAGAUCGAGGCUUGAUUUGAUUAAGAGAUGUUACUGUGUUCCUUAAUGCAUUUAUAAAACAAAUCACUAAUAAAUGCCCAAUGUCUGUGAUAAAAUAUUAUUUUUUGCGAAAAACUACAGAUACACAUUUAUUAAGAUGUUUUAAUUUUUUUGCAUAUUUUAUGUUAAAAGAUGUUGUGAUUCUAGUUCGUGAUAAACU